AUGCCGGCCGCACAAAAUUCCCCAGAAAAUAUCGACGAGCUUCUUGCUCUCAUUCAGACAAGCAAUGACGAGCCAUCCAGAAAAGCCUUAUUCUCAACGCUCCGAACAGUUCCUACCCCAUUGUUAACUUUUCCAACGGCAGAUGAACAGGAUCCGCUUGACCUUCUGGAACCAGCCGAGAAUACUCUAGCAUACGCGUAUAUUCUAGUUGCCCGAUGCUAUGGAGAUCGGCUAGACGUUUCGCGUAUGCUGCAUCACAUCCUCAAAUUUCUUAAUUCGUUUGAUCCGGAAGAAGCACGAUAUGCACCAGAGAAACUCGCUCAGAUUGCUCAGACACUAUCAAGGAUAGCGACUAAUGUAGGAAAGAGUCUCAUAACCGUGAAACCAUUAGAAAUGGCAAUUAAUAGAUUUGCUCCCAGUCCCAAGCACCUGACAAACAUCCAUCAGAUAUUUAUAAAGGAGUGUCUCCUAUCGAAAUGCUAUAAAGCAGCAUUACGAGUUUUGGACAAUGAUAUCACAGAGAUUGACGUUCAAGAAAUGGGAAUUCACUACACUGACCAUCUUCUCUAUCACUAUUACGGGGGAAUGAUAUACAUUGGGCUAAAGAAAUUUGAGAGAGCACUAGACUUUUUCAAGUUGGUAAUCUCUGCUCCCGCCAAUUUAUCGAGUAUGAUUCAAGUCGAAGCCUAUAAGAAAUUUGUCCUAGUUUCUCUCUUGUUACAUGGGAAGAUUGCAACUCUUCCAAAAUACACGGCACAAGCUGUAUUUCGCUCAGUCAAGAAUUUGUGUCAACCAUACACAGAUUUUGCUAACGCGUUUGAGGGUUUGAAAGUCAAGCGGGUGCGAACGGAAUUUUUAAAGUGCUCUGAUGCAUUCAAGAAGGACAAGAACUUCGGACUUGCAAAACAAACUCUGGAUGCAUUAUAUCGAAGAAACAUUCAACAGUUAACACAAACAUAUUUGACAUUGUCUCUGGUUGACAUUGCGGAUGCAGUUGGUCUUGAAGGAUCGGAUGCUGCCAAACAAGCAGAGAAAUAUGUAUUGAAAAUGAUUGAAUCCAAGGAAAUCUUCGCCACCAUUAGCCAUACUCACCAGAAUGGCAUGGUGUCUUUCCAUGACAACCCAGAUAAAUUCGAUGCGCAGGAAACUAUCUCUCAGUUGGAACAACAAAUUAUAAGAAACCAGCAUGUGAGUGCUAGUGGAGUUGGAUCUGGACUUGGUACCGUAGAUGAUACUGAAUUAUUAUCGGGCUUUGAUUCGUUGCGAAAGCUUUUAUCUCGGUCAGAUCGCGUAAAGUGUAUAGACUUCCACCCAACAGAGCCAUGGCUUCUUGCCAGCUUGUACAAUGGCAAAGUUUAUGUCUGGAAUUAUGAAACUGAGGCUCUGGUGAAGACAUUCGAAGUGACGGAUGUCCCGGUUCGGGCGGCAAAAUUUAUUGCCAGAAAAAACUGGAUCGUUACUGGAUCAGAUGAUAUGCAGCUUCGCGUUUUCAAUUACAAUACACACGAGAAAGUGACAAGUUUGGAAGCUCACCCUGACUAUAUUAGAUGCAUCGCUGUUCAUCCUACACAACCUUUCAUAUUGACUGGCUCCGAUGACAUGACUAUUAAAUUAUGGGAUUGGGAGAAAGGAUGGAAAUGUGUCCAGGCUUUCGAAGGGCAUACUCAUUAUGUCAUGAAUAUCAACUUUAAUCCUAAAGAUUCCAACACUUUUGCAUCAGCUUGCUUGGACCGCACAAUCAAAGUUUGGUCUCUCGGAUCUUCUGUCGCCAAUUUCACUCUCGAAGGACACGAUAAAGGCGUUAACUGGGUUGAUUACUACCACGGAGGAGAGAAGCCAUAUCUCGUAUCGGCUGCUGAUGAUAAAACUGUCAAGAUCUGGGACUAUCAAAACAAAACCUGUGUUCAAACGUUGGAGGGCCAUACCCAGAAUGCAGCAUUCGCUUGUUUUCAUCCCGAACUACCUAUAAUUAUUUCUGGUAGUGAAGAUGGAACCGUUAAGAUUUGGCAUUCUAAUACCUAUCGUCUGGAAAACACUCUCAAUUAUGGUCUAGAGCGUGCUUGGACCGUUGCAUAUCAAAAAGGAAACAACAAUGUAGCCUUUGGUUAUGACGAGGGUGCUGUUUGCGUUAAGCUUGGCCGAGAAGAGCCAGCAGUAAGCAUGGACAAUUCAGGGAAAAUUAUUUGGGCCAAACAUAAUGAAAUUCAAACUACUAAUGUGAAAGCUGAUUUUGACGAGAAUGUCAAGGAUGGAGAACGAUUACCUUUGCCAGUAAAAGAUCUUGGAAGUUGUGAGGUGUAUCCACAGACUUUACAACACAGUCCAAAUGGAAGGUUCGUCGUUGUUUGCGGUGACGGUGAAUACAUAAUAUACACAGCAUUGGCAUGGCGAAACAAGGGCUUUGGCAAUGGAUUGGAAUUCGUGUGGGCUCUUGAUUCAAACGAAUAUGCCGUACGAGAAUCUUCGACGAAGGUUAAACUGUACAAGAAUUUCAAGGAGCGACCUGGAGUUUUGAAGAUAAAGUUCACCGCCGAGGGCAUAUUUGGUGGCACGUUGUUGGGUAUUAGAAGUUCUACCUUCCUAAAUCUUCAUGACUGGGAAACCGGUAAUAUUAUUCGAAGGAUUGACGUGAUUCCAAAAAAUGUUUAUUGGUCGGAUGGCGGAGAUCUGGUGACCAUUGCUUGUGAGGAUGCGUAUUAUGUCUUACGGUUUAAUAGGGCAGCUUAUACAAAGUUUAUAGAAAGCGGGGGUGCAGUUGCUGAAGAAGGCGUUGAAGAAGCGUUUGAGUUUGUUACCGAGGUUCCCGAAAGCAUAAAAACAGGGACAUGGGUUGGAGAUUGCUUUAUUUAUACAAAUGCUGUUAAUCGACUUAAUUAUCUUGUUGGUGCACAAACCUUUACCAUAAGUCAUUUUGAUACACCAAUGUACUUAUUGGGCUAUAUUCCGAAAGACAACCGAAUAUAUCUGGCAGACAAAGAUGUUAAUGUUUACAGUUAUGCGCUGUCAUUGACCGUAAUCGAAUAUCAAACUGCUGUCCUGCGAGGUGAUCUUGAAUCAGCCGCAGAACUCUUGCCAGAUGUGCCCGAAGAUCAAAGGAAUAGAAUAGCACGAUUUUUGGAGAGUCAAGAAUUAAAGGAACUUGCCCUGGAAGUUUCAACUGAUGUCGAACAUAAAUUUGAGCUUGCUAUACAAUUAAAUAAGCUCGACGUGGCUGUUGAAAUUGCACGAGAAGUUGACAACGAAUCAAGGUGGAAAGCUGUUGCCGAUUCAGCUUUGAAUACAUGGAAGUUCUCCCUAGCUGAAGAAUGUCUGAAGAAAGCGAAGGAUCUAAGCGGACUACUUUUAUUGUAUACUGCAUCCGGAAACGCAAAGGCAAUCAAGGAACUUGCAGAGACCGCUGUUGCCGAAGGCAAGAACAACAUAGCAUUCACUUGCUACUUGCAACUUGGCCUAUUAGAAGAAUGUAUCGACUUGUUGAUAAAGACAAAGCGUCUUCCAGAAGCUGCAGCGUUUGCAAGAACUUAUCUUCCGAGUCAAGUUUCAAGAGUAGUCAAACUGUGGCGCGAGAGUCUUGAAAAAGUUAAUAAGAAAAAAGCAGCCGAAGCAUUAGCCGAUCCAGCAGAAUAUGAGAAUUUAUUCCCGGAUUUCAAAUACGCAUUGAUUGCUGAAGAACAUGCGAAAAAGGCACGAAAUAAUAUUGUUUCAGCAAGUGCGUACUCAGAUUAUAAGGACAUUCUUGAAGUUGACGUUAUCGCAGAAAUUAAGGAAAAAUAUCCUGAUGGUGUUCAAUCUUCUAACCCUGCAUCAAUUAAUACUAAACUCAAUAUCGCGAGGAGGACUAUAAACGGCGAAGUGGAAGACGAUGUACUAUCAUCAGUUGCGUCUGUAGACGAUGAUCGCAUCAGCGUUGCAGAUAAUAUGAGCAUGCUUAGUAUGGAAGUGAACACCACUGGCACCAAUUCAGUCAAGGACGUUGACUUUGAUGAUGCCUCAUCUGAGCAGGAACGGACGAUGAUAGGUGAUGAUAAAGACUGA